AUGAAGUUCCUUGUUCUCCUCCUUCUCACCAUCAUUGCCUUCUCCAAUUGUCAAGAUCUUCAAGUUGUUGCCAAAAACUUCGAAGCCAAGAUCCAAUCAUUGUUGGCUGCUAAAAACUUCGAUGCUCUUUCAACAUACAUCAAUGAGACUUUUUAUUAUUUCAUAGUUGGUGAUUUGGAUGGUGGAAAAGACGAUUUUAUUCGAUAUUUGAAAAAUGGAACUUUUACUUUGUUCAAUGGAGUUGGUCCAAACGAUAUUCCACAAUUCCGACUGUUCCUACAUCAUAUACAUAUUGUUUCUCGAAAUUUAACAAAUGGUAGAUUACUUCAAUAUGGUCUUUAUCCGAAUAAAGAAGCUGAGUUCGGAUAUCUUCUCUAUGAUUAUUAUGAUAUUGAGAAUAUAAAUAUAAUUUAA